UUUAAUUUAAUUCAGCUAAGCCCAUUUGCAACCCAAUAUUCAACUAAGCCCAUCUAUAUGAGCGGGUUCGGGUUUUUUUUAUCUGAUUCAGCGGUGUCGGUUCAAAAACGAAAAAAGAUUAUAAAUAUGAGAUGAGAUGAGAUCUUUUGUCUUUCGUUUCAAUAAAUAACCUAACAUCACAUCGUUCCAAUCCCUACCUUAGCUCUGUUUUGUUCUCCGACAUAUUUUCUCACAUUCACUUUCAGGGUUUUGUUUGACUAAGGUUAAGUGUAAUUGGUAGGUGCAUUUGAGGUUCUUUUUGUGAGAUUAUCUGAAAGAUGGAUCUUGAAGGCAAGAGAUUUGGGAGGGGCAAUAGAGAACUUGGAGGUGCUCAUGAUCUCGUAAGUCAAUAUAAGCUUUGGCCUUACUAUGAAUUCUUCUGCAAGAAGUCACUUCCACUGUCAAUUUCGGAGACACAUUAUCUUCGCAAUGUGGUGGGUGAAACAAAAAUCAAGAAGGGAGAAGGAAUGGAGCUGGAUCAGCUGUGUAAGAACAAGAACACCUAUAUGAGCGAGAAAAAACCUUCCUUGCGUCCUUUUGACUUGAAUGUACUAAGUGAAGCUUUCCAUUUAAGAGAAAUGGAUCCAAAUCACAUUUCUUCUGCCAAGAAGGGGCCACCAAAUGCAGUGCCAAACUCGGCAAACCAACCUAGAGAGAAUGAAAGGAAGAACAAAACGGACGAAAAACAUACGAAGCACAAACUAUUUCGAAUUAAAAAUGGAAGUUGUGUUGCUAAUAACACAAUUAGACAGAAUGAUUAUCAGCCCUCACAAUUGAAGAAUCAACAAGACAAGAAGAGAAGGGCUGAGACAAGCUACGAUCCUUCUGUUAGCAAGCGAUUAAAUACUAGACAAUGAGGCGGAAUUAGCAAGCAAUUAAAAACUGACACUAAACAUUGGUGAUUCUUUUAAAAAAAAAACUGUGAAUCUCUUAUAUUACAUACUUCUUGUUACCAUUUAGCUCGUCUGCAUAUGGAAGUACUUAAGUUCUGUCUGAGAUGGGAUCAUGGUCGGAUUCUUACCUACGGUGCAAUUGCGAAGCAAAAAGUUCUGUGUAAAAAAGUGCUUCCGCUUGUGGUGGUUUGCUGCCGUAGUUUAAUGCAGAUAGAUACAGAGGAUUUAUAGAUCUUUUCAACUUUGUACACUAUAAUUCUUUAUGAAAUUAACUGCAAUUUUUGGACCAUUUUACUUUUGGUUUUGUG